GUCCGCCCUGAAGACGAACUCGCGCAGCAGCUGCACCGCUCUCGCGCGGAAGUAUGGCGGUAAACUCGAGUCUACGGGCCUGUUUAAGCGAUCUUUGAAGCCCGCUCGCAGCGUCAACACUAAAGUCUCCCAGGCCAAGGUUCUCGGGCCCGCAUCGGAGCCCUUUCUCGUUCAAGGGGAGAAAAUUCUGGCGGAGAAUAACUCAACAAACGCUUCGGAGACGAAGGGAUAUUUCUUGGAGGUUAAAAUGCGGGAUGGGGCAGAAAAAGGAGACGACUCGGAAGUAAUCGGCACAUUUCUCACUCGAGAGUCAAGACUGC